GCGGCCUUGAACAAGGAGACAAUUGCGCACCCGCUUCCACACCAGAAGCGACUGCGGAAGUAACAAUAGCCGUUGGUCUCGAGGUCCUUGCAGCAUCGUGAAUCAUGGCCCCCGCCAAUCACGAUCGGACGUCCAAAGCCCCAUCAGGCGCCACUGAUGCGGUAUUGAAGCCUUCCGAAGCGGUUCCCGUAGGAUCCAGAGAGGUACAAGGCAUUGACUUCGAUCAUUAUGCCCAGCGCAACAUCACCGUCGAGGAGCUAGUGGCCGGCAUGGUCAACAUGGGCUUCCAGGCAACGUCGGUGGGCGAAGCAGUGCGGAUCAUUAACGGCAUGGGCGCAUGGGAGCACCCUGAAACGGCCGAAGGGACAACGAUAUUUCUAGGCUACACCUCGAACUUAAUAUCCUCUGGGCUGAGAGAGACAUUCCGAUAUCUCGUUCAACACAAACACGUCUCAGCUAUAGUCACGACUGCAGGUGGAGUCGAAGAAGAUUUCAUUAAAUGUCUCGCCCCGACCUACCUUGGCUCAUUUUCUUCUCCAGGGGCAGCACUCCGCGCCAAAGGUAUGAACCGGAUCGGCAAUUUAUUCGUGCCAAACAGCAACUACUGUGCGUUUGAGGACUGGGUAGUGCCCAUCUUGGACCAGAUGUUGGAAGAGCAGGAGGUCAGCAAGAAGACAGAUGAGCCAAUCCACUGGACGCCCAGCAAGGUCAUCAACCGCCUAGGCAAAGAAAUCAACGACGAGAGGUCUGUAUACUAUUGGGCCUGGAAGAACAGCAUUCCCGUGUUCUGCCCUGCUCUAACAGACGGUAGCCUUGGCGACAUGCUCUACUUUCAUACAUUCAAGUCGUCUCCCGAACAGCUGCGGAUAGACAUUGUCGAAGACAUCCGCAAGAUCAACACGAUGGCUGUCCGAGCGAAGAGGGCUGGCAUGAUCAUUCUCGGCGGUGGAGUCGUGAAGCACCACAUCGCGAAUGCGUGCUUGAUGCGAAACGGUGCCGAGAGUGCAGUGUAUAUCAAUACGGCUCAGGAGUUUGACGGAAGUGAUGCAGGAGCGAGACCGGAUGAAGCGGUCAGUUGGGGCAAGAUCAAAGCAGAUGGUGAUAGCGUGAAGGUGUAUGCGGAGGCCACAAUAGUGUUUCCAUUGAUUGUGGCGGCGACGUUUGCAAAGAUCAAGCAGGCAGAGAAGGAGGCUCUCAGCCUUUUUGAUGAACCUAAAUGUGCGAUGAUGCAGGUAUACGACAGCUCUGCAGCUAUGAGUGUCAACGUGGAACAACCGCCGGCGCCGCUAUUCGGACAGCCGUCUUCACCGUCCUUCUCUUCUCCACCGCAGUCACCAAACCACCUCCACCAUACCCAAACGCCUGUAUCGUCUCCGCCACCACAGGCUUCCGAUGACGUCGACAUGAGUGCCUCCACCACAUUGCUGCCGCCGGUUGGCCAGAACCAUGACCGGGAAGACGCUCUCAUGCAAGAUUCUGGGGGUCUAACAAAUGGGCACUUGGAGACAAAUACAAAUAGCCUAGAGUCCCCCCCGAACGCCGUCGCAGUAGAGGUCGCCGCUGUAGACGAAGACGCCAUGGACAUAACGCCUGACAGCAGCCAAGGCUUGGUACUACCAAAUGGCUCAGCUGAUCCACAACAAGCUCAUGGGAAUGCCCCGAGCACGCCCGCUCCCAAUGGAGUUCUUCCAGGCGGGUCGGAGAACAACGAGCAACAACCCUCUGCAGCUAACGCUAAUGAGUCCAACACAGAAAUUGCCCCUCCUGUAGAACCCCCGCCCCCGGCCGACCCAAGCAUACAACCCCCACCACCGCCGGUUGAGCCUGUCCAGUCUGUUUCAGACUCCUCGGAUGACGAUGACGGUGCCCAGGCCUGGCAACCCAUUCAGGAAGACACUUCCACUCCGGACGAGACAGAAAUGAAAGAGAUUGAGGCUACACCGGAGUUUAGUGCACUGGACCAUGACCAUUGGGAAAAGAAAGCUUUCCUUCCUCUGGACGAGCCAGAGUUCACGGCGGGUAUGAGCGGUCGAAUUGAGUGGUCUAUCGAACAAUACAAUGGUACUAAGGAGAAGCCCAAUAAAGAUCUGGUCAUGAAAUCACAACCUGUCAAUAUUGGAGGAUACGACUGGCAGAUCAAAUUCUACCCUAAGGGAAACGACUCCGACUACCUGAGUGUCUACGUAGAGUGCCUCAGUGUAGCAGAUAAAGGCGCAAAGAAGGACAGAAACCUGACCAGCGAAGACUCAGCAAACCAAGAUGACGAAAUGGUAACGGGUGACGAUGCCGCGCCGAUAAGCACACCUGAGCCUCAGGAGGUUGAGCCUCAGCAUACCCCUCUACCUCUGCUCGAUCCAACGCCUAUUCCGAAGCGAAGGAGUGUUGCAGCACAGGUAUCUGUUGUCCUGUACAACCCUAGCGAGCCUCGCGUCAACUACUCCCGAACCUGUUUACAUCGAUUUUGCACAGGAUCGCCGGAUUGGGGCUGGACUAGGUUUCAUGGGCCAUACUACGAUAUUUCACACCGUAUUCGUGGGCAACGGCAAGCACUACUUCGCGACGACAAGCUUGCUUUCACUGGAUACAUUCGGGUGAUAAAUGAUGACACUAAUUGCCUCUGGGAACACCACAGCCGCGAUAAUCCUUGGGACAGUUUUGCUAUGACCGGACUCCAAUCUCUGACGUUGGGUGAAGGUGCAAGCUCGCCAGGAGGAAAUAUGAUAUCCGCUAUCGCCUCUUGGAUGCUAUUCAAACCGGUCAGAUUGUUUUUGUACCACCUCAAAGUCCCAGAUCCCGAAAAGGAGCCCUUCACUGGUACGAGUUCCGUGGCUUUAGAUGAUGUUUUGGAUGCACUUGAAUGGUAUGGCAUCCAUGAGCGGCUGGACAAACUUGAUGUGAUUGAAUUGUGGGAAGUUUUGCGAUUGAAACUUGAGGACGAAUUGCGGGAUACUCCGUACACCAGUGUUAUGGAUGACAUGUUCGGGCUUAAAAAGAACUAUACUACCGGUAUUCCAAACUACCGAGUUCCUGUCGUUGGUGUCAACACCAUGCAGGAAGCUAUCAACAAAGCCGCCGAUUUCGCUCAUCCUGGACACCCUCUGCCGCAACUAUUGACGGUUGAACUUAAACGGCAAGACUUCGACACCCCGACUCGAUCAUAUGUGAAAUUGUUGAACAAAGUUAGUUUGGACGACUAUAUCGAUGUUCGAGGCAUACAGUACACAUUAUACGGUUUCGUGGUGCACAAGCAAACACUUCAGUCGUAUUUAUACCAUCCGGUUCUUCGCCCUGGGGGACCCGGCUCAAAAUGGUACACCUACACUGAUGGCAAGGAGGAGAACAUGGUCAAAUGCUUAACAAAGCGACAAGCCAUCGAUCUUCACGAAGGAAAUCCUGGAUCAGAUAAAGUCAUUGGCAACGACGCCGUGGCGUACAUUGCCAUGUAUGUCCGAAACGAUGUUUCCAGUAAUGCCUUCAAGGCAGAGGCCGAGUCAGAGCUGUGGGAAGUACCGGAAUGGCUUCGCGCCGAGGUUGAGAAGUCGCAAUCCUCAAAUGUCUCUCCAAUCCCGAUACCAGUACCACCACCUCUAGGAGAUGAUCUGAAGCCAAGUACCGAAGAGGAAAGUAAGGCAAAGGAAGAACCAGAGCUACCCAAAGUGCACGACUUCCAGGUGAUUGAUUCGAGAGUCUUUCUGCAACAUGAAGGUCCCGGGACGUUUGAUGCGUACGAUCCCGAGUGGCAACCCGAUAAGUCAGACUUCAUUUAUACAGUACAGCUAACAGCCACUGAUGGCUGUGAUGAUGUUCGGGAGAAGCUCGCAAAAGUUAUCAAAGACAUCAAAAAUCCUCGCCAAAUUAAGUUCUGGUUUGUCGACACAAUGAGGGGAACCUUUAGGAGACCAUACCUACUAGGCACUGGAAAAAUUGAAUACUCAAGCGGCAGCACUGACCACUACGCUGAUGACUCCAAACCGUGGGCUCUACAAGAUUUCCAAGAUUCUUGGAUGGCUGUCCGCAUCUGGGUCCAUAUAAUUGACGUGGCUGAUCUUCGUGAGUUGCCCAAGGAGGAUCCGAAACCCCCGGAAUCGGCACCAAUAUCACAAGCGGUCCCCCCAACUUCUCUGGAACCCCCACAGCCAACCCUCUCCAUGACCGAGGUUCCAGCCCCAGAACUACCAGAAGUGGUACCACAGGCAGAAGAUACUCCCAUGAGCGAGCCAGAUGAGCCAGCAGCCCCUCCUCUAGGACCUCAGCCGCAAGAUCCCCAAUCACCCGCACAUCCAGAGACUGCCGAAGUUGCCGAUACAGCCAUGGUGGAAGUAGAAGUUGAGGUCCCAGUGGAAUCAACUCCCAUUGCAGACCCUCCAGCAGUUGAUGUAGUCAUUCCCAACCCUGCCGCUCCUACCGAUACAGAAAUGGGUGGCACACAAGACAUCAUCUUGCCUCCUCCACCUCCCCCUCCGAUUGCUGAUCUUCCACCCGAACCGACUGCCCCAACAAUGGACUUCCAGCAGCAAACAGCUGUUCCACCGCCUCCAGAACCUGUGAAUGUCAUCCCAGAGGAGAUUUACUUCUUCCUAAAAUUCUUUGAUGCCGAAGCCCAGACUCUUGAAUCUCGCGGAUCACAUAUCGCUCUAAAGGCCGCUAGAGUGGACAGUACAGUACUGUCUUUAUUGGGUCUACCAUCCGACAAAAAGAUUGAGCUCUUCGAGGAAGAGGAUCUUACAACCACACAUCCCAUUCGAACCCGCCGAUCCUUCACCCAAAACGAUCUCCACAAUACCACCGUCAUAAUCGCAACACUCCCGCUAAGCGAAGAACAGCGCAAUGCACUUGUAGCUCGAGCAGCCUUCGCCGAUCCGCAACCUUAUCUUGCCUUCCGCGCUCAGGCUCGAAAUUUCCCCUCCAGACUCACUGGUCACUUCACGCAUAACUACUUCUCGUCGCAAUUCUAUAAGGGCGAGAUGAAGAAUGGUCAUCGUCAUGGACAGGGAACACGCAUCUACCACACCGGUGCUACAUACGAGGGCACAUUCCUCCUCUCCCGACGCCACGGCCACGGACUCUACACGUUCCAAAAUGGCGACACGUAUGAGGGCGAAUGGGUCCAGGAUCAACAACACGGUACCGGAACCUUCGUCGAAGCCGCAACUGGAAAUACGUAUGUCGGUGGCUGGAAAAAUGACAAGAAAUUUGGGGAGGGUGUGACGCAUUGGAAAAACGCUCAAGAGACGGAGAGACUGUGUCGGAUAUGCUGGGAAGAAGGUGCGGAUUCAGCUUUCUAUGAUUGUGGUCAUGUGGUUGCUUGUUUGCAGUGUGCAAAACGCGUAGAUAGUUGUCCGGUGUGUAGGAAGAGGGUGGUGAGUGCGAUGAAGUUGUAUUAUGUUGCGUAG